AUGGCUGCUGAGGCUCAGGCUCAUAUUUGCCAGGCUCCUGAAAAGAAGUGUGACUUUGUGUGUGACUGUACUGACUGCAGCGAUGAGGAAAACUGUGGCUACAGAGGAAAAGGGUUCGAGUGCGACUUUGAGGAUGCAGGACUGUGUGGAUGGACUGACCAGUCCUUCACCUCAGCGUACAGCUGGCAUAGACAUCAGGGAGGAGACAUGCGGUCCAACAGCGGGCCGUCCUCUGACUACACCACCGGCACAGCGAUAGGUUGGUUUAUGGGAGUGAGCGCAGUGACGUCAGAGUCUCUCAAUACUGCACUUUUAAUCUCUCCGGAGAUGAGACAGUCUUCACCAACCUGUCGUCUUCGUCUCAGAUAUUUCCUGUGGGACUCAGGUCACACGGGUCUGGGCUCCACACCCUUGUGGGCAUCGGUCCUUCAAAGGAAUUCUCAAGAGGCCCUAGUGUGGCGUCCUGAGGCCACUAGUGUCCGUGGCUGGAGGGAAGCCACCAUCUUCCUGGGCCGUAUUGCCACAGCCUUCCAAGUCCAUCUUUACUCACAGCGCUCCAAGGGGCAACAAGGAGAUGUGGCCAUUGACCAACUGGAGUUUUUAGACUGCGCGCUGCCUUUGCCACUCCCUGCCGAGUGUUCAGCUGGGAUGCUGGAGUGCAGGCGCGAGGGCUGCGUGGAGCAGAGGCAGGUCUGUGACGGCAGCGACGACUGUGGCGACGGGACGGAUGAGGAGAACUGCGCUCCAAACGGGUAUCGGCUCUGUGACUUUGAGGGAGGCCUGUGUGACUGGGACCUGAGGUCACUGUCACCACUGAAAUGGGUGUGGACGAGUCAGCAGAAGCUCUCCAUCACAGGUCCUCUGAUAGGACCAGGCAGGGAUCACUCCAACAACACUGCCUCAGGUCACUUCCUAUAUGUGACUGCUCCUGAUGGUGAGCUCACGGCUGACUGGGCCGCUUUCCAAAGUCCUCUCCUCGAACCCACCAACAGUUCACAUCCUUGCAAGAUGGUGAUGUACACUCACCAGUUUGGGCCCAGAUCCGGCGGUCUGACGGUGCUGGUUGCUGAUCAUAAGAUCUACCCGGUGUGGGAGAGGGGCGGAGCCCUGGGCGACGUCUGGGUGAAGGCAGAGGUGGAGAUUGUCACCGACUUCCCUUUCCAGAUCGUAGUAAUGGCAGCAAUCAGGGACUUCGCAUAUGGAGGUAUCGCCGUCGACAGCAUUAUGUUGUCUCCUGAAUGCCGCCCAUCAACUGCAAAUUAUUCCAUCCCAAAGUUCCCCAAACCUCCUAAAGACCCGUGUGCUGAACCAGACCAGAUGUGCAACUUCCACCCUGACUGUGCAGGAGCAGAGGAUGAAGCCAAAUGUGGGGAUUUCUCUUACCCUGAGGGCAGCUCAGGCUGGACUGAUACCAGCAUUGGGAAUCAAGGUUGGAUGUAUGAAAAUUUGGCAGGGGAAUACCUGUAUGUAGCCAAGGCCCCGGGACAACAGCUGACUGAAGCCCAGACACGGACCCCCCUCCUGGGCCCCUCUGGUCCAGCCUGCACGCUCAGCUUUGAUUUUGCAGUAACUGGGAAUCCAGAUCACAUUGGUGAGGUGUCCCUCAGGGUGAUUGACAGCUUGCUGGGCAUGCAGCCUAAACUGUGGGAGUUCAGUGGGAAGACGGGAAUAGGAGAGGCUGAGUGGCAAAAUGCCAGUGUAACUCUUGGAGCCAGAAAACAUCGCUUCCAGCUGGCGUUUGAAGCUCGCGCAGUGAAACUGUGUCCAUGCGCCAAGAUUAAAGUGAAAAACGUUCGUUUUCUCAGCUGUUACGCUGACUAUUUCCCUUCUUCUCCGACAGGACUGUCAUGUAACUUUGAAAAUGACCUGUGUGGAUGGUAUCAGGACAACAGCGACAACUUUGACUGGACGAUGCUCAGUGGGAUGGACCACACCAUCGGGAUCGGCAAAAGCCUUGUUGUGGACAUGUGGAGCCCCUCCCUGCGCGGUUUGUUCGGACGCUUAGUUUCAUUUCCACAGUUACCAAGUUCCACAGAUCAGUGCCUGUCCUUCUUCUACAAACUCUAUGGGCCGAACACAGGUGCCCUGAAUGUAAAGCUGUUAGAUAAACACGGUUAUGAGACCGUCCUCUGGACCCGCAGUGGGGCUCAUGGCAACAUGUGGCACGAAACCCACUGCACAGUGCCACAACAGCCCACAGGCUUUCGGCUGAUGUUUGAGGCGGUUCGCUCCGGCUUUGACGGGCAGGUGGCCAUUGAUGAUGUGGCGUUUGUGGCCCGUCCAUGCACCGUGCCAAGGAUGUGUUCCUUUGAAGGCCAGCGCUGUGGAUACACCAGCUCUGGUCAAGCUCACUGGCUCCACCGCAGCGGAUACAGCACCACGAUAGCUGGACCCAAAACUGACCACACUCUGGAGACCGAGCUGGGUUUCUACAUGAUGGCUAACACCGCAGCCAACAUUCUCCCCUCCGGCAGCACUGCAGUCCUCACGUCCCCUGUUCGUCAGGGAACCGCCAGGACUGAGUGUGUGCAUUUCUGGUAUCACAUGGGAGGAGUGAAUCCUGGUUCUCUAACAGUGUACAUGAAGCCAGUGAAGGGAGACAGGGUGAAGAUCUUCUCUGACAGUCUGAAUCAAGGAGAUGUCUGGCGCCAUGGCAACGGCAACAUCUCGAGUGCCCUUGUGGACUGGCAGUUGGAGUUUGAGGUGGUUGGCGCUGGAGGCAAAGACACUCACGUUGCAGUUGAUGACAUCUUCCUUUCAGCUCACCCAUGUGAAAGUCAAGGUUCGAGGUGUAACCUGGAGAGAGGGAUGUGCAGCUGGAGCAACACUCAAAACAUUAAAGCUGACAAACUGGACUGGGAGCUGACGAGUCAGGAGGCGGAGAGGCACUACUCCACCCCAACUGAGGACCACACUCUGGGCACAAAGAGAGGUCACUUCCUGUUCUUACCAAGCAGCAAUCGGACAGCAGGCAGUCAAAACGCUCAGCUGCUGAGCCCUCACCUGCCCCCAACCAAGGGCACCUGCCUGAGAUUCUGGGCCUGGAGACCCCUCUCAUCGGACAGUCGGCUGUGGGUGUGGAGGCUGUCUGAAGGUCGUCUCCAUCAGCUGCUGGUGGUGAAUGACCUGGGAAGACCAUGGAGACGCUUUGACAUCAACAUCACGUCCACUGAGGAAUACCAGAUUGUAUUUGAAGGAAUGAAAGGUACAUCAGGCACUUUGGCUCUGGAUGACAUUGAGUACACCAUUGGGGUCAACUGCGCUAAGGAAGUCACAGAUCCAAUAACCACAAAAAGAAGUGACAACAGAGGAGGGAUGGCAGCGUCUGUCAUCGUGGUCCUGCUGCUGAUCGCCACUUUGGUCUCCCUGCUGUAUUACUACUUGCGAAUCCGCCCAGAAGUCCAGGCUAUGACUGGUCCAUCAUCAUCAUCUCCCCCAACUGGUGGUGGUUUCACUAAUGAAUCAUAUGAGCCAGACCUCACAGAGUCUACUAAUGUCAAAGAGAUGGAGGUGGCGUAA